CGAUUGUAAAGCUUCUGGUUAGAAUAAAAAUCGGGAAUAGGGGAGAAGAAUAGUAAUAGUAAUAGGAGUUGCUUAAAAGGGUUAAAUGAAUGAUGCUAUUUAUAGCACGAAAUUUAAACAAGAAUGAUUCCUCGAACAAAUUUGGAGAAAACGCCUUCACAAGAACAGCUAACAGGCGGUUGGCGUCUCAGGCUACUGCAGGGUUAGCUCUAGGAAUCCACCGAAUUUCCUUCGGGUGGAAUUUUUCUCAGAAGUCCACUUUAUACCAAGCUCCUCUCCUCUUUCUUCUUCCGAAAAAUCUCACCUUUUAUCUUUCUCUCAGACUCCACCUUUCCUGUCCACUCCCUGUUACCCAAUCACCGUUCAGAAGAACCUGAAUCGUCUCUGGUCGCCCGUGGGAAAUGUCCAUUGAUGAUCCACCCUCCACAAUGGGAAAAAUGAAGGACAUCUGGACAUCUGGAGUGUUUGACACUCUCGCCUUUCGAAGACACGAUUUAUUUCCCUGGGAAACGCACGUGUGGUUCCUUAUCUGGAUUAGCACUAAUUGGCCAGACGACCGUACUUAAAAGGAGGGUCUUCCAUUUGGCAAUCUGGAGGCACUUAACACUGUGGGAGUUUCGUUGAUGAAGAAUGGCCCGGAAUGUAAAUUAUCGAGUGUGGGAAAAAGGAAUGUCACAGUGGUCACCCAGGAAGAAGCCGAAUCAUUACACUACACAACAAAGAAAAUAAUAAUAAUCAAAUUUUAAAAUGAAAUAUUUAUUGCAAAAAUUAGGGAAAUCAAGCAUGUAUUGGAUAGCUGUGCAAGUUAGAAAGUUGUGUAAAUUUGAGUACUAAUCAUUUCUUAUUUCAUGCAACUCAUAUAGCUGCAAUAGGUGUUUCAUUAAAAGAAAUGCUUAAUUGAACGUCUCUGAAUAUUAAGUUUAAUGAGUAUUUUUGCACUACUGUUUCGGCAAACAAAACGAUUUUCAAGUUUUUGAAUAGGAUUCAUGGCAUCUUUAAAUGAAGGUGCUUAAAUUAGCACCAGACAAUUUAUCUUCUUCUAAUUCAUCCAUUUUUGAACAAUUCCCUAAACAUUAUAUCGAUAUUAAAAUACACAGACUCCACAAAAGUAAUCAUGAAAAAAACUAUUAAAAUGGCGCAUAACUAUGUCUUUGCAUCUUAUAAAGCAAAUACUUUAUCACGAAGUUAAUGAAAUGCAGUAGUCUCUCUCCACCAGUCCGUCCGCUCUAGUAAUCCAGUGUCAUCUCGAGCAACAAUCCGUAGUGUGGGCGUGGUCUUCAGCUUCGCCUCUAGCAGUUCGCGAACCAUUCGCCACGAAACAAAGACCAACAGUUUUCAGUGAAGACGCGUUCGCGUGUGGUUCGCGAUUUUCUCCUACGAAUCUGCAAGGUCAAAUCUGCACCAAAGACGUAUUUUAUUCCAUGCCUCUUGGUUUUCUUCGAGCGUUUUUGUUCUAAUAAUGGAAUGGACUGAAGAAAAUUUACUAAAACUUAUCGAAAUUUACAAAGAGAAAUCUCUGCUCUGGGACCCGAAACAUAAGGACUAUUAUAAGAAAAAUUUAAAAGAAGACGCCUGGAAUGAAAUAGGCGAAGCAAUGAAGAUCUCAGCUGAGCAAUGUCGGAGAAAGUUGCUAAGUUUGUUGGCUUCUCACCGACGCGAAAGGAAUAAAGUAAAAAGUGCAAUGGGAACAGGAAAAGGAACAGCUAAAAUUUAUGAAAGUCGGUGGUUUGCUUACGAUGCUUUUAAAUUUCUGGAAGACAGAGAUUUGCCAAGGAAAGGAACUACAACGGAGAUGGAUGGCCUCGUCGGAGCUGAAAUUGACAUCGAGGAAGGAGACAGGUUUUCAGAACAUAAUAUGGAACUAGAGGCAACACAGAGGGAAUUAGAGACAGCAUCGCCAUCCUCACCUCUCAGACCAACUAAACGAGCGAGGGUGGAGGAAGAUAAUAGUUCCUCAAUGAUGAAAAUUGCAUUUAACAUCUUAAAAACAGCGGAGAAGAAAUUAAAAACAGAACCAUGUCAAAGAGACGAAAUAGGCUCAUUUUUUGAUUAUGUUAAAGCGAAAGUGCAUAAAUACUCUCCAGAAAUUCAGAUGAAGGUUCAGCAUGCCAUAUUUGAUAUACUUAUAAAAGCUGAUAAGGAAGUGUUGGCUUGGCCUACUCUAAGCUAUCAGCAAUCCUUUGGCGGGCCAAAUUCUUCGGAUGGUGGACUUGCUAUUUCCAAGAUCGUUCCUUCUCAUUUUUCAGAACCACGACAAGAACUAUCUCAACAGGCCAAUCCCUCACAAUCUGAGCCAUCACUGAUGUGUAACAUAAAACAAUCUCCCGGUUCAUCAGAUGAUUCAAGAAAUUUUGAAGAUUUUGUGUGAUGUACUUUUUAUUAAAAAUUUGCUGUUGGUGAUAUUUUUAAUUCCUUAAAUAAGAAUAUAAUUUUUUAAUAAUGUUUUUAAUUUCAUUUAUAAUGAUAACUUCCAUAGCGGAGGGAGAAGCCUUAGUGACCUGGUGGUUAGAUUUCGGCUUCGAAACUGGAGGGUUUCAGGUUCGAGUCCGAUUCAAUCGAAGAAUCGGCGUAUGAGCAGAUCUGGUGCGUGUUAUAUCCGUCGAGACCAAACGUGGAAGUCUGGAGAAGAAGGUUGGUAUCGCAGGUGUCGUCCUCGUCAUCUGACCGCCGUUCAAAAUUACGAAGUCCGCCCCAAGAUAGUCUUAGUAUUGCUUUAAAACGGGAUGUUAAUAUAACUAAACUAAACUAAAUCCCAAGUGGUGGAGGUUUUCUUUUAAACCUAUUUUGUUUCGAAAGUAAUGCCAAUUUAUGGUAACUUUUUUCAAUGAAAAAAAAGAAGAAGAAGAAAGAAUUUUGUUUUUACCAAAGAAAAAAAAUUAUUUCAUGUUUGAAAUGAAAAUACCUACAUAAAAAAAAAAGUAAAACUGUAUAUACGUACACUUUUUUAAAUAAAGGAACUCGUCACUUCUCCUUCCCCAUCUGAGCAAGGCGCGUUUUAAGCUGAAAUGUAUGCACGCAUUCUUCUUAUUUUUAGGGUGCUAUUUAUUAUGAAAGCAUUGAGAUUAUCAGUUUUCAA